UAUAAAUUAACCUAACCGACACUUCAUUUACCACUAAAUAAUUCCUUCAGAAUUCGAAUAUUCACUUUCACAAGGAAAUAACAUUGAAAAUAAAUAGUCUUUUUAUUGAAAAAUGGCCGCAACUACUGUUUUCGUCUCCGGAGCAACUGGUUUCAUCGCUCAACAUCUUAUCAAGCAAUUGAUUGCUAAGGGAUACAGCGUCAUUGGAACUGUCAGAUCUACUGAAAAGGGUGAUGCCUUAAAGAAGAACUUGAACUCAGACAAAUUUCAAUACGUCAUUGUUCGUGACAUUCAAGUUGAAGGUGCCUUCAAUGAAGUUUUCAAGAACCACCCUGAAAUUACCAUUGUCUUGCACACUGCGUCUCCUGUGUCAUUUAACGUCACUGAUCCAGAAAAGGACUUUUUAAUCCCAGCAGUUGAAGGUACUAAGAAUGCCUUGAAUGCAGUUAUUGAAUAUGCACCUCAAGUUACAAAUGUGGUCGUUACUUCAUCAUGUGCUGCAAUUUUUACAAUGUCUAAGUUAAAUGAUAGUUCCGCGACUUUUGAUGAAUCUUCAUGGAAUGAGACAACUUGGGAGCAAGCAAAGGAAAACAUUUUAACUGGUUAUGCUGGUUCAAAGGCAUUUGCUGAAAAGGCUGCUUGGGAAAUUGUAGAGACUAAAAAGCCAAAUUUCACAUUGACAACUGUCAACCCAAUCUACGUUUUCGGUCCACAAGCCUUCAAUUCUGAAGUUAAGGACACUUUGAACACCUCUGCUGAAGUCAUCAACAACAUUAUCAAGUUGAGGGAAGGUGACGAAGUUCCACAAUUAGCUUCGAGUUACAUCGAUGUCAGAGAUGUUGCAGCUGCUCAUAUUGUUGCUUUUGAAAACAAGGAAGCCGCCUCCAAGAGGUUAUUACUUUCUAGCGGCAAAUUUUCAUCCCAAGGAAUUCUUGAUAUAUUGAACGAGAACUUUCCAACAUUGAAAGGCAAGUUUCCUGUUGGAACCCCAACUACUAAAGAGGAAGUCAAUGAUAGCCUGUGUACCUUUGAUAAUGAAGUUACAAGAAAGAUCCUUAACUUCGAAUUUAUUGAUUUUAAGAAGUGUGUUGUUGAUAGUGUUGAACAAGUUUUAACAGUAAAUGGUAGUAUCUAGGUACGAUGUCAACAAAAUAAAAAAUAAAUUUAGUUCGC